GACAGUGUUGUCCUUGGGGUGACAUUCAGCGAAAAAUCUUACCAAACAAUCCGUGGUGAGAGCAGAUUGUUUUCCGGCGGAUUUGUCCAAGAUCGGUUUGUUGUGCUGUCCCAUAAGACGACUGUCUCGAUUAGUGUCCGCGGUAAAGAUGGCUCUGAACAAGCUCAGCAUCGAAAAUGUGGACCUGAAGGGCAAACGGGUGUUUAUGCGGGUGGAUUUCAACGUUCCGAUUAAGGAGGGCAAAAUCACGAGCAAUCAGCGUAUUGUGGCCGCAAUCGACAGCAUCAAGUUCGCGCUUGAGAAGGGCGCAAAGUCGGUCGUGUUGGCCUCGCAUCUUGGCCGUCCCGAUGGUAACAAAAACGUCAAGUACACGCUGGCACCGGUGGCUGAUGAGCUAAAGAAGCUGCUCGGGCGUGAUGUAACGUUCCUGAACGAUUGCGUCGGCGCUGAGGUGGAGGCUGCCUGCAAGGACCCAGCGACCGGUUCCGUGAUUCUGCUGGAAAACGUGCGCUUCUACGUCGAGGAAGAGGGCAAGGGAGUCGAUGCCAGCGGCAAUAAGGUUAAGGCCGACAAAGAUAAGGUAAAAACAUUCCGCGAGAGCUUGGCCAAGCUGGGUGAUGUGUACGUGAACGACGCAUUCGGUACGGCUCACCGUGCGCACAGUUCGAUGAUGGGCGAAGGUUACAGCCAGCGGGCGGCCGGUUUGCUGCUGAACAAGGAGCUGCGCUACUUCUCGCAGGCCCUCGAUAACCCGCCCCGACCGUUCCUGGCCAUCCUGGGCGGUGCGAAGGUGGCCGACAAGAUCCAGCUGAUCGAGAACCUGCUCGACAAGGUGAACGAGAUGAUCAUCGGUGGUGGCAUGGCGUUCACCUUCCUGAAGGUGCUGAACAACAUGGAGAUCGGUGGCUCGCUGUUCGACGCUGAGGGUGCCAAGAUCGUGCAGAAUCUCGUCGACAAGGCGAAGAAGAACAAUGUGCAGCUGCAUCUGCCGGUUGACUUCGUGACGGGCGACAAAUUCGCUGAGGAUGCGGCCACUGGUGAGGCGACUGUUGAGGGAGGAAUUCCUGCUGGUCAUCUGGGACUCGAUAUUGGGCCAAAGACGCGCGAAGCCUUCGCGGCACCGAUCGCACGGGCAAAGAUCAUCGUCUGGAACGGUCCGCCCGGUGUGUUUGAGUUCGCAAACUUCGCCAACGGCACCAAGGGGCUGAUGGAUGGCGUUGUAGCGGCUACCAAAGCUGGCACCGUGUCGAUCAUCGGUGGUGGUGAUACUGCGUCGUGCUGCGCCAAAUGGGGAACCGAGUCACAGGUGUCGCACGUCUCGACUGGUGGCGGUGCGUCGCUGGAGCUGCUCGAGGGCAAGGUUCUGCCCGGUGUAGAUGCACUGAGCAGUGCUUAAAUGCUCGUCACUAGCCCUGUAAGCGUUAAAGUCACUCGGUAUCUUUACGGCAUAUUAUUAGCAAGUGUACGUAACAAAGUCAUAAAAUUAACCACGAUCAUUAGGCUGGAGAUCGAAGACAGUAACACUCGAUUAAAGAGAUGUUGCGUGUCGAAUUGAUCCUCUUACGUUGUUGCAACAGAACAAUAAAAUUAUUUAAAGUGUACAACCUGAAUAACCAGUUUCAAGCUCCAUUUGGAAAAGAAACACUACCGAAUUAAACUGAAGUGUAAGUUUGAACGAAGACAAGUGUCGAUUUGCUGAAUUACAAAUAUGCUACUAUUUUCGGUUGUUAGAAAAAAAUGUAACACAUACAUUGCUGUUAGUACUUUUUUUACUGUAUACCUCGAUAGCACGAGACCGACGAAGGACUUUUCGUACACGCCAUUUUGAAUGCGUUAACAAUGGAUGCGGCGUCACUCCAUCCGAUGAACAGUUAUGAGCUCUUCCGAAACUUGUAUGAUGCGACACUUAUGAUU